AUGUCUCCGCCGAAAAUGCGCGUCGCCAUCUGCGGCGCGGGCGUUGGAGGCCUUAUCUGUGCUGUCGCCCUCUCCCGCUACCACGACAUCGAGGUAGACCUCUACGAAGCCGCCAACUCCUUCACCGCCCCCGGUGCAGGCAUCGGCGUGUGGCCCCGCGCAUGGAAGAUCCUCAGCGCGCUCGGGCUUGCCGACGCGCUUUCCAAAGUCGCCGUGGUGCCGCCCAACGAACUCCCCAAGAUCGAGUUCAACCUUCGGAAAUCUGACCAGCCAGAGGGCGUGUACUUCCAGAACCUCACCACCCCAGGUUCGUUCCUCCCGUUCACUCUUCUCGCUCACCCUUGCACCCCGCCGCCGCUCACCGCCGCGCCCCACACGCCCGCCGCGCUGCCCCUCCGCAACUCCUCCCUGACCCCGCCCCUACUCCCGGAAGCAGGCCUGCUCGCCAUCCAGCGCCCCGACUUCGCCACCGUCCUCCUCCAACACCUCUCCCCCCGCGCACGCGCGCACGCGGGCAAGCGCCUCACGGGGUACCGCCAGGUGCGCUCGCACGCGCUCGUGCUCGAGUUCGCGGACGGCGCGCGCGCGGCCGCGGACGUGCUCGUCGGCGCGGAUGGGGUGCGGAGCGUCGUGCGGGCCGCUCUUUGCGCGGAGCUCGCGGCGGAGCGCGGCGCGGGUGUCGAUGGGCUGGACGCAGACGACGCCGGGCGCGCGGCGGAGCGCGUCGGCGCGCUGGGCGACGCGAGCUUCUCGGGCACGGUAGCGUACCGCGCGAUGGUGCCCGCGGAGGCAGUGGGGGCGACGAUGCCGGGGCACCCGGCGCUCGAGAACGCGAUCAUGUAUAUGGGGAAGGACUCGCAAAUCACAGUGUAUCCCGUUGCGUUUGGGUCGUAUAUCAGCCUCACGGCGUACCGGUCAAAUUAUGAGCUAGAAGGGUCACCACCGUUCGAAGACCCGUGGACAGAGGACGUUGCAGCAGCGGACCUUAUGGCUGACUACGAGACCUGGGAACCCGAAGUUAGGUCACUAAUCCAGGGCCUCCAACACGCGCACGUGAACAAGUGGGCGAUCCACACAACGCAACCGCUCCCCUCGAUGGUCUCCGGACACGUCGUUCUCCUCGGCGACGCCGCGCACGCGAUGCUGCCGCACACGGGUGCGGGCGCGGGCGUCGCGAUCGAGGACGCGUACGUGCUCGCGACGCUGCUCGGCGACCGGCGCACGACGCGGGGCACCGUCGCGCGGGCGCUGCGGGCGUACGACGCCGUGCGCCGCCCGUUCGCGGCGCGCGUGCAGGACGGCGCGCGCGAGAACGGGCUGCUCUGCUCGCUCUGCUACCCCGGGCUCACGUUCGACCGGCCCGUGGCGGCCGCGGCGUCGGGCACAGACGCGGAUGGGGGCGAGGACGAGGACGAGGACGAGGACGGGGAGAAGCUGGCGGAGAUCCGGGCGCGGGUGAGGAUGAACUGGGAGUGGGCGUGGAAGGCGACGGUGGACGUGGACCUGGUGAAGGCGCUGCGGAUGCUGGAAGAUCGCUAG